AUGCUUUGCUAUAUAAUAGAGCAAAAAAAAAUCAGGAUAUUAUGUCUGGCUAUAUUGUAUUACAUUAGUGUCCUCAUAAUUGUUCAAGCAAAUGCAAACAAUUAUAUGUUGAAAUUUAAUGAGCCAUUGAAAAAAUUAAAAAGAGGUCAUGAAUAUAAAUAUGAUAACCAUAAUGUAAACAACUAUAUGGAUUUCUCUUUUGUAUCAAAAAAUGAGGUGAAAGAAAAGGAACAUCAUGCUGAAAAAGAGAAAAAAGAAGAAAAUAAGUCUUUAAAAUCUGGAAAUGAAGAAAAAAAAAAGGAAGCAAAAAAUAAUAAAGAAGAAAAGACAAAUAAAGGUGAAAUGGAUGAACAUUUAGGUGGAGAUGAAAAUGAAGAAAAUGAUGAAGAAAAAGACAGUAUUAAAAAAAAGGGAAAUGAAAAAGAAAAUAAAAAAAGUAAAAAAGGUGAAGAAAAAAAUGGAAAUAAAACGAAAGCAAAAGGAGAUGAUGAAGAUGAAGAAGAUGAUGAAGGUGAAGGUGAAGGUGAAGGCGAAGGCGAAGGUGAAGGUGAAGGUGAAGGUGAAGACGAAGAUGAAAAUGAUGAUGAUGAUGAUGAUGAUGGAGAGAAAAAAAAAGUAAAAAAUAAGGAGAAUGAAAAAGAAAAACAUAAUAAAAAAAAAGGAAAUGAAGCUAAUGCAGAACAUCAUGAAAAAAACAAAAAAAAAGAAAGCAAAGGAGAUGAAAAAAAUAAAACAGAAGGAAAAGAAAAAACAGAAAACUUAAAUCACGGUGUACAAACAUUUGGUACAGAUCCCAAUGUUCCUAAUGUGACACAAAGCAUAACUCCAAUUUUAGAAAAUGAAAUACAAAAAAAGGAAGAAAAAAAUACUCCUGAGAAGGAUAUAAAAACAAAUGAAGAUUUACAUAUUCCUGAAGGUGUUAAAAACGAUUUCAUGAAAUUAUUAAGAAGCGUUGUUGAAGUUAACAAGAACAACACAAAUAAAAAAGAAGACGCUCAUUUAAAAGAAACCGAAAAUAAAAAUCAUGUAACACCACCAUUACAUGAUAAAUAUAAUAAUAGGAAUGAAUUACAUAAUUCUGUAUCACCUUUUAAUAAAAUUCUUGACCACUUAAAAAAGUACAUCACUUACUAUGCCAUUGGUAUCAUAGUUUUUUCUAUAUUUGUAUUGGUCAUGCAAUGCUCAGACUAG